AGUGAGGAGGCUGGAGCUCAUGAUAGUGACCUGAGGGAGGGAAGUGGGGACCCCUAGAGCCGGGGGGCUGGACUGUGAGAAGCCGAGAGCCGCCGGUACCAUUCUCAUCACCGCGGGCCAUUCGCAGCUCCGUGCUGGGUGCUGCCGAGCCCGGAGGGAUCCGGCACCUGGCGCGGCGGCUCCCUGGGGAGUUGCGCACCCCUCCCGCCCCCCAGCACCUGCGCCUGGCCUGAGUGAGAGCGAGGAGGAGACGCUGCCGUGCCCGGGGGACUGUGCGGAGCAGCGGCUCCGCUGUCAGCUGGGGAAACCGCCUCCGCUCCAUGAGCAGGGCUCGGCUGCUGCGCUCCGUGAGGGGGGAACCGCGGCCGCCGCCAGCACCAGCAUGUGGACCCCGACCGAGGAGGAGAAAUACGGCGUGGUGAUAUGCAGCUUCCGAGGAUCUAUACCACAAGGCUUAGUCUUGGAACUAGGAGAAACUGUCCAGAUCUUGGAAAAAUGUGAAGGCUGGUACAGAGGAGUUUCCAUUAAGAAGCCAAAUGUAAAGGGGAUCUUUCCUGCUAACUAUAUUCACUUGAAAAAGGCAAUCGUCAGUAACAGAGGACAGUAUGAAACAGUAGUUCCACUUGAAGAUUCUGUUGUGACUGAAGUCACAGCAACGCUCCAGGAAUGGGCUAUCCUCUGGAAACAGCUGUAUGUGAAACAUAAGAUAGAUCUUUUCUACAAACUGCGCCAUGUGAUGAAUGAACUCAUUGACCUGCGUAGACAGCUACUGUCAGGUCACUUGACACAAGAUCAGGUGCGAGAGGUCAAGAGACACCUUACAGUGCGACUGGACUGGGGUAAUGAACAUUUGGGCCUGGAUCUAGUUCCUCGGAAGGACUUUGAGGUGGUGGAUUCAGAUCAGAUCAGCAUUUCAGAUCUUUAUAAAAUGCAUUUAUCAAGUAGGCACAGUGUCCAGCAAAGCACAACACAGGUGGAUACAAUUCGUCAGCGUCAUGGGGAGGCUUGCCGUAUGCCAGUGCCUCACCACUUCUUCAUCAGUCUAAAGAGCUUCACCUAUAAUACUAUUGGGGAAGACACAGAUGUCUUCUUUUCUUUGUAUGAUGUUCGAGAGGGCAAGCAGAUCAGUGAGCGGUUUCUGGUGAGAUUAAACAAAAACGGAGGCCCCAGGAAUCCAGAGAAGAUAGAACGGAUGUGUGGCCUUUUCACAGAUCUCAGCAGCAAGGAUACGAAGAGAGACUUGUACAUAGUUGCACAUGUAAUUCGAAUAGGUCGCAUGCUGCUAAAUGAUUCCAAAAAAGGCCCCUCCCACCUACAUUAUCGGCGCCCCUAUGGCUGUGCAGUAUUGAGCAUCAUGGAUGUGCUUCAAUCAAUCUCUGAACUAAAGGAAGAAAAAGAUUUUGUUCUCAAAGUUUACACGUGCAACAAUGAAAAUGAAUGGUAUCAGAUCCAUGAAAACAUUAUCCGCAAGUCCAGUACCAAGUACACAGCACCCAGCUCAAACUAUGGACUUAUAAUUUCUCUACAGCUUCUUCGUGGGGACAUGGAGCAGAUUCGAAGGGAGAACCCCAUGAUCUUUAACAGGGGGGUGUCUAUUACCAGAAAACUCGGUUUCCCCGAUGUCAUAAUGCCAGGUGAUAUACGUAAUGACUUGUACCUGACACUAGAGAAGGGGGAUUUUGAGAGAGGCGGGAAGAGUGUGCAGAAGAACAUCGAAGUGACCAUGUAUGUUCUUUAUGCAGAUGGAGAGAUCCUGAAGGACUGUAUCAGCUUAGGCUCAGGAGAGCCAAACAGAAGUGCAUACCACUCUUUUGUCCUCUACCACAGUAACAGCCCUCGUUGGGGAGAAAUUAUCAAGCUACCCAUCCCCAUUGACAGGUUUCGUGGGUCUCACCUUCGUUUUGAGUUCAGGCAUUGCUCCACUAAAGACAAAGGAGAAAAAAAGCUCUUUGGCUUUGCAUUUACUCCUCUGAUGAGGGAUGAUGGCACCACCCUAUCAGAUGAUAUCCAUGAGCUUUAUGUUUAUAAGUGUGAUGAGAACAGCACAUUUAAUAAUCAUGCUCUGUACCUGGGGCUGCCCUGCUGCAAAGAGGACUACAAUGGCUGCCCUAACAUCCCUUCUAGCCUCAUUUUCCAGCGUAGUACCAAAGAGACCUUCUCGAUCUCGACCCAGCUCUCCUCCACCAAACUCACCCAGAACGUGGACUUGCUUGCCCUCUUAAAAUGGAAGGCUUACCCAGACCGUGUAAUGGAUAUCCUAGGAAGACUGAGGCAUGUCAAUGGCGAGGAAAUUGUUAAGUUCCUGCAAGACAUUCUAGACACUUUGUUUGUGAUUUUGGAUGACAAUACAGAAAAGUAUGGCCUGUUGGUCUUUCAGUCUUUGGUGUUCAUCAUAAAUCUGCUGCGUGACAGCAAAUAUUUCCAUUUCCGACCUGUUAUGGAUAUGUACAUUCAGAAACACUUUGCAGGAGCACUGGCUUACAAAGAACUGAUCCGAUGUUUGAAGUGGUACAUGGACCGGUCAGCUGAGCUUGUACGACAAGAUCAUAUCCAGGAAGCAAUGAGGGCCUUGGAAUAUCUUUUCAAGUUCAUUGUCCAAUCUCGGAUCCUUUACUCGAGAGCUACUUGCGGAAUGGAGGAGGAACAAUUUCGCUCCAGUAUCCAAGAGCUUUUCCAGUCCAUCAGAUUUGUACUCAGCUUGGACAGCAGGAGCUCAGAGACUCUCAUCUUCACACAGGCUGCUUUACUGAAUUCCUUCCCUGCUAUCUUUGAUGAGCUAUUGCAGAUGUUCACUGUGCAGGAAGUUGCAGAGUUUGUGAGGGGAACUCUAGGAAGCAUGCCCAGUACAGUUCAUAUCGGACAGUCGAUGGAUGUAGUUAAGCUGCAAUCUAUAGCACGCACUGUGGACAGCCGCCUGUUUUCUUUCUCAGAAUCCCGGCGAAUCUUGCUUCCUGUGGUUCUUCAUCACAUUCACCUUCAUCUGAGACAGCAGAAGGAGUUACUCAUCUGCUCUGGGAUCCUCAGUAGUAUCUUCUCCAUUAUCAAGGCCAGCUCCUUGGAGGCAGAUGUAGUGGAGGAGGUUGAGAUGAUGGUGGAGAGCCUCCUGGAUGUACUUUUACAGACUCUGCUUACUAUCAUGAGUAAAUCGCAGUCUCAGGAGGCGGUAAGAGGGCAGCGUUGCCCGCAGUGCACAGCCGAAAUCACUGGAGAGUAUGUGUCCUGUCUCUUGUCUCUGCUUCGUCAAAUGUCAGACACUCAUUUUCAACAUUUACUGGACAACUUCCAGAGCAAGGAUGAGCUAAAGGAGUUCCUGCUGAAGAUUUUCUGUGUGUUUCGAAAUCUAAUGAAGAUGAGUGUCUUUCCUCGGGACUGGAUGGUGAUGAGGUUGCUCACCAGCAAUAUCAUAGUUACCACAGUCCAGUACCUGUCUUCUGCCCUGCACAAGAACUUCACAGAAACAGACUUUGAUUUUAAGGUGUGGAACUCCUAUUUCAGCUUGGCUGUUCUGUUUAUAAACCAGCCAAGCCUGCAGCUAGAAAUUGUCACUCCAGCUAAGAGAAAGAAGAUUCUGGACAAAUACGGCGACAUGCGAGUGAUGAUGGCAUAUGAGUUGUUCAGCAUGUGGCAGAACCUGGGUGAACAUAAAAUUCACUUUAUUCCGGGAAUGAUUGGCCCCUUCCUUGGUGUCACACUGGUCCCACAGACAGAGGUCCGCAACAUCAUGAUCCCCAUCUUUCAUGACAUGAUGGACUGGGAGCAGAGGAAAAAUGGCAACUUCAAACAGGUGGAAGCUGAAUUGAUUGAUAAGCUGGACAGCUUGGUAUCAGAAGGAAAAGGAGAUGAGAACUACAGGGAGCUCUUCAGCCUACUAACCCAGCUCUUUGGGCCCUACCCCAGCCUGCUGGAGAAGAUUGAACAAGAGACGUGGCGGGAGACUGGCGUCUCUUUUGUUACAUCAGUUACUCGCCUCAUGGAGCGUCUCCUUGACUACAGGGACUGCAUGAAAGGAGAUGAAACAGAAAACAAGAAGAUUGGCUGCACUGUUAACCUGAUGAACUUUUAUAAAUCUGAAAUUAACAAGGAAGAGAUGUAUAUCCGCUACAUCCACAAGCUGUGUGACAUGCACUUACAGGCUGAGAACUACACUGAGGCUGCAUUUACAUUGCUUCUGUACUGUGAGCUACUUCAGUGGGAGGACAGACCUCUGCGAGAGUUCCUGCACUACCCAUCACAGACAGAGUGGCAACGUAAGGAGGGGCUAUGCCGGAAGAUUAUCCACUACUUCAACAAAGGGAAGAGCUGGGAGUUUGGAAUCCCACUGUGCAGAGAGCUGGCCAUUCAGUAUGAAAGUCUGUAUGAUUAUCAAAGCCUCAGCUGGAUUCGGAAAAUGGAAGCUACCUAUUAUGAUAAUAUCAUGGAACAGCAGCGCUUGGAACCUGAGUUUUUCAGAGUUGGUUUUUAUGGCCGGAAAUUCCCCUUCUUCCUUCGGAACAAGGAGUAUGUAUGUCGAGGCCAUGACUACGAAAGGCUGGAGACUUUCCAACAAAGAAUGCUGAGUGAGUUCCCACAAGCCAUUGCAAUGCAGCACCCAAACCACCCAGAUGACACCAUUUUGCAGUGUGAUGCUCAGUAUUUACAGAUAUAUGCAGUGACUCCCAUCCCAGACAAUAUUGAUGUGCUACAAAUGGAACGUGUGCCUGAUCGUAUAAAGAGCUUUUAUCGUGUCAACAACAUCAGGAAAUUCCGCUAUGAUAGGCCUUUCCACAAAGGUCCAAAGGACAAAGAGAAUGAAUUUAAGAGCUUGUGGAUUGAACGUACCACUUUGACACUGACUCACAGUUUACCUGGGAUCUCUCGGUGGUUUGAAGUGGAGAGAAGAGAGCUGGUCGAGGUAAGCCCUUUGGAAAAUGCCAUUCAGGUUGUUGAGAACAAAAACCAGGAACUGAGGACACUGAUAAGCCAGUAUCAGCACAAGCAAAUGCAUGGCAACAUUAACCUGCUCAGCAUGUGUCUGAAUGGAGUGAUUGAUGCAGCAGUGAAUGGUGGCAUAGCACGGUACCAGGAGGCCUUUUUUGAUAAAGAUUAUAUCACCAAGCACCCUGGAGAUGCAGAAAAAAUCACACAGCUCAAGGAGCUCAUGCAGGAACAGGUCCAUGUUCUUGGAGUGGGUCUGGCAGUACAUGAGAAAUUUGUACAUCCAGAGAUGCGUCCUCUACAUAAGAAACUGAUUGAUCAGUUCCAAAUGAUGCGAUCUAGUCUGUACCAUGAGUUGCCUGGUUUGGAUAAGUUGAGUCCAGCCUGUUCUGGUAGCAGCACCCCACGCAGCAGUGUUCUUGUGUCACACAGCCCUAUGAGUCCAGAGAGCAUCAAGCUGGUGCAUCGACACAGCCCAUUGAACUUGCUAGGUUCAGUCCGACACUCGUCAUCCUCUCUUUCCUCCCAUACUUCCAGUGAAACAGGAAACCUGGUUGUCCUAACAGACAGUUCUGUAGGGGAAACCGCUGAGGACAUGUACCACAUGCAGGCCAGUCCUUCCACUUCAAGUCUGAGUUCUACCCACUCUGCACCAUCCCAGAUGAUUAACUCUGCCCCUCCCAGUGCACGAGUGCUGGUGAAAGGUGCUGGAUUGACAACACUGGAGGCUGAAGCCCUCUAUUUAUCCACAGAACAGAUACAGCACGGGCGGCAGCAGUGCAAGCUUCCCCACACUGCCCCCACCAAUGUGCCUCAUCUCUGUCCUGGAGGGACCACCUCUAGAGGCUCUCCCUCUCUACCAGAUAAGUACCGCCACACUCGGGAGCUGAUGAUGCUGCUGCCAACCCACCGGGACCGACCAAGCAGUGCCAUGUAUCCUGCAGCUAUCAUGGAAAAUGGACAGCCUCCAAAUUUUCAGCGCGCCUUGAUCCAGCAAGUGGUUGGACCAUGCAAACCUUGCAGUGAUCCCAAUCUAUCUGUCGCUGAGAAAGCUGUGCCAGCAGCGCCCAGCAGCUGGAGCCUAGACAGCGGAACCAGAGAGGCCCUGCCAUUCCUGUCUGCCCACGUUGGGAGCAUCUUGGCCCCACCAGUACCUCCCCGAAGCCUACCCCAUGGUCACUACUCACUGCACUUUGAUGCCUUCCACCACCAGCUCAGUGAUGCUCCUCCAGCACUGCCUGCUCGGACAUUGCGCAAGUCUCCCCUUCAUCCAAUUCCUGCAUCACCCACAAGUCCCCAGUCUGGCCUGGAUGGAAGUAACUCCACUCUGUCAGGCAGUGCCAGCAGUGGUGUGUCCUCCUUAAGUGAGAGUAACUUUGGACACUCAUCUGAGCCCCCUCCUCGCACAGACACCAUGGAUUCUGUCCCUAGCCAGGCCUGGAAUACUGAUGAAGACUUAGAGACACCCUACCUCCCUGUCAGGUACAGUCUCUCUGAACCUGAUGUUCUGGAGUCACUCAAGUCCCAGCCAUGUCGAAGCCACUCUGCUCCAUCUGGAGUCAUUCCUCAGGACACUAUGGACCCUCCAGCUCUCCCCCCAAAACCAUAUCACGCUCGGCUCCCAAACAUGGAGAAUGAAGAGGAAAUGAUGCUGAUGAUGGAAGAGGAAGACAAACACCGGCCACUCCAUCGCAAAGUCUCCCAACCAGCUAGUGGUGGAAAGGAGGAGCAGGCCAGGGUAGCAUGGGAGCAUGGCAUCAGUGACCAGUAAGCAGGACUACCUGGAAAGAAGCUUGUAUAGUAAUUCCAGGUCUGACCAGAAGAAAGAUGUAAAAGUUUAGGACUCAGAGGAGAGAACAGUAAUCCAAUUCUUUACUUUCUACUGCCAUGAGUUAAUGUCCGGAGCCCAUACAAAGUUUGGGCUGGCAUGUGAGGUUGCUGCUUUCCUUUUUAUUGUAUUUUAUACUUUUUGGUUUUAUGUUAUUUUUAAUUAUUAUUUUUUGUGUGCAGUGGGUGCUUUAUUCCUUCUGCAGUUUAUCAGACCACACAAAGUGGCAUGUAAGCUGUUAGCCAUAGAGACUUGCAGAAACUGAAAAGAAUUGGAAUAUUGAAGGGGGGAUGUGGCAAAUUGUUUUAAAAAGCUUUCCUCCCAGUUUUGAGAUGCACACAAGUAGAAGCAGUUGCACUAGGGACAUGUUUCUUUGCUGCAUAGAAGUGAAAGCUCAUUGCUGAAUUCAGGGAUUCCAUGAACUGUCAGGCUGGAAGGUGCAUUCUCUGCAGGCAAUGGAAACUCGGCUGUUCUAUGAAGAAACUGGCUCUUCCAAGUUUAUGACCAUAAACAGCUUUACAGUAGUCUCCUGCAUUGACUCAGUUGUGAUGAAAUGAUCUAACCAGUGCUGACAGGCUUCCAUAUUGAUUUUUGAGGUAUCAUUUCAAACAAACUCUGCCUCCUUUGGUUGUUCAUGGACAUGUACUUUGGUUUUUCAUGUUUUUGUUCCUUAAUUUCAUUUUUUUACUGGGUAAGCCAGCUGCUUUUCCACUGGAAUCAUAGUCCAUAUCCACCUUUACUGCAGGGUAAGAGAGGGUUAUGUAGCCUUUAGGGCUGCAACCCAAUUCUGAGCCUUUUCUCAUGCUUAGCUCUGGGCAAGUGGUUGUCACCAGCACUUUUAUUCCAGUCAAGGAACCAGUUGAGUGGCUCAUGCAACAACUGCUUGAUAACUCAGCAAGUAAGAAGAGAAGGCUUGAAUACAUCAUAUCCAGUCCUUGCCUCAGGAUUGAAAGUCUGCACAAUCCACACCAACAUCCAUUAACUGUGUUUGUUACUGUAAUAUCUUAUGUGCCCUUCUGAUACAUUUCGCUGCUGCUGCUGCACAAUGCCUCCAUCUCUCCCUUCAGAUAGGAAACCCUAUGAGCUGCAAGAAUGCCCAGUGUGUAGUGUGCACUCCAGCUUCAGGGAUUUUAAAGAUUAACUGUAAGAGGGAAGGGGGGAGAUGUUUAUUCCCUUUUUUGCUUCUUAUUGGUGUGUAAAGAAGACUUGAAAAGUUUUUCUUCUUUUAUUUUAAGGGUUUUUUUCCUUUUUGUUUUUUACAUUGCACAAAUAUCCAGUCCUGACUUCCCUUUUUUGCUGGCAGACUCUAUGAAGAACUGUAGAAUUUAGUGCAAUUAUGAUGUGACACAAAGCAAGAGAUUGAGACCAGAGCAGUGGAGUGGGGAAGGGAAUUUUAGUCAGGCUGUUCUAAGUUCUAGGGUUUUUUGUUUUCUUUGUUUAAUACCUGCUUAGUACCUGACAAACGGGAGAAAAACUUUGUUGGUGAAAGAUCCACUAAAACUGCCAUUUUAUUUGAGAGCUGAGAAAUUUCCCAUUUUUCAAGUCCUUUGAGAAAUCUUCCAGCAAAAAUAGGGAAGAAAAUAUCAAGUAUUUUAUAUUCAUGAUAUUUAUAAGAUAAAUAAGCAAAAAAUAAAACCCCUUAUUUCAGCCCUUCUUUAUAAUAAUCCGUAGUACUUGUACAGCACUUUUCAUCUGUAGAUUGCAAAGCACAUUCCAGAGGAGGAGCAUAAGUAACAAUGCCCCUCCUCUUUACAGUGGAAAAACUGAAGCACAGAGAAGUUAAGGGAUUUGCCCAAUACUACACAAAUUAGUGGCAGAAAUGGGAACAGAACCAAGGUAUCCAGACUCCCAAUUCUGUGCCCCAUCCAUGCUGUUUCCUAUAUAUCAUAAACAUUAUAAAGAAGCAAAAAAGGAAACGUUUCCCUUUGCAAGCCACCUUUAGCAUUACCUCCAUACAAAGUGACGGGACAAAUAUACCAUUUCCAAAUUCUCCUGAAAAUGAUAAUCUGUAUCAAGUUUGGACUCAGGUGGCCAUUGUAUAGAGACGGGUGUUGAGAUUAUUCAUUUAUUCUUUCUCAAGUUCUAGCCCAUGCAAAAGAAAUAUUGUUCUGUUUUCUUCAUUGACCUGCCUGGCUAGAAGAAGAUGUAUCCCGUUUCCUUUACUUUUGCUAGAGCAGGACACCCGGAAUCAUUGUAUCCUUCACAUUGAAACACAGAUGUUAAAAUCUGGUCCACAAUGAGCAUUUCAUCUCUUGCAUAAAUGCCAAGGCAGGUCUGAGUAGAAAUGAAAAAUGGUGAAGCUCUUAAGAGCCAGAGUCUUAGCUGGUGUAAAUCAGGGUAGCUCCAUUGAAAGGAAUGGAAUACUCUGAUAUACACCAUCUGAGAAUCUGGCCCAGGAUCUUCAUAUGAAACUUUAUUAGAACAAGAUGCUUGUUUUCCUUUUUUGGUAGAAGGGUUAAACAUUAUUGUAUCUGGAAAUGUAUUAAGCUCUCCUUUACAGCAAAAAAUAAGGUGUCUGCGCAUAAAGCUUUGUAUGUAAAUUGGAGUUAACAUUCGAGUUAGUCUGAAUAUCCAGCCAGUGUGACUGACUAGAGCUAACUGCUAACCAGAGUUCUAAGGGAUUUCCUAAUGCAUAUCAUGCUGCGCUGAUUAGAAGGACAGUGUCUGGCAUGGAGGCGCCCAGCUUUGAUUUUAUUUUACUUUUUGGUAAAGGCUUUUUCUAAAAGUUAGAUGAUCAGUUAGCUUAUAUAAACAGAUGUCAGCCAAUUUUACAGCAGGUCCAUAGCCACCAAGUUUCAUGAAGGAGCAAAUUCAAUUAACACAAACAUAUUAGAUUUGAGUCUCCAAGGAGUUAUUCAGAACCAUGGUCAAAUUUUUGCAAAAUACUUUGUGUAUUUUUUUUAAUGCCUAAUUUCAAAGGGCAGUGGGGGUUGUGCUGGGUGGGAAGAGAAGGAGGUGGGGGAGAUUCUAUUAUAAUUAAGAUCUGGUGAGUGUAAGACUCAUACUACUCUCUGGGGCAAGUAUGCUUGGCCAAUAGCAGCAUGAAACUUAAAGCCAAAUUCAGCCCUGGGGUAAGCGGGCACAACUACAUUUUCUGAGUUAGGGCUGAAUUUGGCUACCAGGGUUUGUUGCUGUGCUCUGUGUAACUAUCGUAAAUAGAGAUAAUUUACAAGGAACAUGGUCAUUCCAUACUCAUGUACCAAGUUUGAAAUUGAAAAUGCUUCUUUUGGGUUCUUGGGCCACCACUUCUCUCCUGAAAGCAUAGGCUAUUAAACUUUCCACCACUGGUGUUUACACCUUCUGUCUGGAGGAAAAGGAAUGGACAGAGGCAACGACGGAGACAAAGCAAUGAGAAGAAUUGCAUUCAUCUGCCAGUUAGUUGCUCAUUGGUUGGAAGAAUGUUUUGGUUGUGCUGCCAGGUGCAAGACCAUGGGAUUUUUUCCUCUUUUUUUUUUGUUUGUUUAACCUUUAUUUCCCUCUUUGGGUGGGGAAGGGGUUACUACAUAUCUGUCGGGGGAGAGGAGGCAGCCAAAUUGGAAAGGUUGUAGAGCAGAAGCAGAAAAAAAAGUGUGAUAUUUAAUUUUUCCUUCAUGUGUUUUUUGUAUAUAUCCCAUUUGAAUGCUGUGUAUUUGUACAGGAAAUUGAGCAAAAAAUGUAUAGAUCGUGCUGUCUGACUGGUACUCUGCCCUGUAAAUGUGUUUUUAACCUCUGGCAUUCUGUGCUUAUUUAAAAAAGGCAAAAACCUCUAACCACUUCUCUUUUGUGUAUUCAUGUUUAAAAAAAAUCAAAAAAAGCUCUCUUAACUAUAAUGGAAAGCAAACAUAAAAGAAAAAAAAAGAAUUUGAACAAGUGUCCUAAAGGUAUUUCAUUGUAUAUAUUGUGAUAGCAUGUUUCCAGAACCAACAAAUAAGUGAUGUGAAUUUUAGAUGUAAAUAGCUGCUGGGUUUUUUUCCUUCCCCAUUCACUCGACUGCUGUGAUGUGGAAUUAAAGAUUAAUACCAGAUAUUAAAA